AUGACUCCAUCAGCCGUCCUUCAUCGACACCUCCACCAAGCACCCACUCUCGCCCUCUCCGGCGAAGGAAGCUACAUCUCUCUCGAAGAUGGAAGACGAAUCCUAGAUGCCACUGGCGGCGCCGCCGUAUCUUGUCUUGGUCAUAACAAUGAGCACGUAAAACAGGCUAUGAUCGAUCAGAUAAAUCAACUCUCAUAUUGCCAUACUGCUUAUUUCUCCACCAAGCCAUUUGAGGAACUAGCAUCAUUGCUUAUUGAGUCUACUGGUGGAAAGAUGAGCAGAGUAUAUAUCGUUGGGUCCGGAUCUGAAGCAAUGGAAGCAGCAAUGAAACUAGCGAGACAAUUCUACUUAGAAAAACGCAACCCAGAACCCCAAAGAACAAAAUUCAUUGCACGCAAUCAAUCCUAUCACGGAAUAACCAUUGGCUCCCUAUCCAUGGGCGGCCACAAGUUCAGGCGUGAAUUAUUCGAGCCGAUCUUACUCCCCAAUGUCUCGCACGUUUCGCCUUGUAAUCCUUAUAGAAAUCGUAAGGACAGUGAGUCGGAUGCGGACUAUGUUGCCAGGCUUGUGGAUGAAUUGGAUGCGGAGUUUCAGCGUCUGGGACCGGAGACGGUGUGUGCUUUUGUUGCUGAGCCGGUUGUUGGUGCGGCAAUGGGAUGUGUCCCUUCUGUGCCGGGUUACUUCAAAGCCAUGAAGGCCGUCUGCGAGAAGUACGGUGCCCUCUUUAUCCUUGAUGAAGUAAUGUCCGGCAUGGGUCGCUGCGGUACCCUGCACGCCUGGCAGCAAGAAGACGUAGUCCCCGACAUGCAAACUAUCGGCAAAGGCCUGGGUGGUGGCUAUGCACCCGUGGCAGGUUUGCUCAUUGGCGACCGGGUGAUCAAAACCCUGGAAGAAAGCACCGGUAGCUUCCGGCAUGGCCAUACGUACCAGGGACAUCCAGUAUCCUGUGCAGCGGCCUUGGCUGUCCAGAAGGCCAUUCAAAAGGAUAACUUGGUCGAGAAUGUGAGAGAGAUGGGCAUUGUCUUGGAAGAAGAACUACGUAAACGGCUUUCGGACCACCCUCAUGUAGGCGAUAUUCGAGGAAAAGGAUUGUUCUGGGGCAUUGAAUUUGUCCGCGACAAAACAAACAAAGAACCCUUUGAUCCAAAAUCACAACUCGCAUUCCGAAUCCAGGAUAAGGGACUCGAAGCCAAACACAGCAUUUCGCUGUACGGCGGCCAGGGCACGGCUGAUGGGGUUUCUGGGGAUCAUAUAUUACUUGCGCCGCCUUAUAACAGUACGAGAGAGGAGAUUGUGCGUAUUGCGGAACUUGUGCAAGGUGUUGUUGAGGAUGUUUUUGGUGAGUUGGAUGAUUGA